CCUCCUCCUCCUCCUCCUCCUCCUCCGGUUCGGAAACGGGAUGUGAUGUAAAAACACAGAAACUUUUUUUGUCUUCGGAGUUGAUCGGAUUUUUCUGGAUCCAAACGGAUUGUUCCGAAACAAGCCGAAUCUGAUCAAAUCAGGAGUUUUUCGGAAAGUCGCCGGGAGUUGAAGAGACGGAUCGACUCCUCCACCAUGACCCAGUGAGGGAACCCGAACCGAACCGAGCCGGGGAGAAGCUGUGAAGCUGCUGCAUUGGACCCGGAGAGAAACAGCGGAAAACAGAGAUGUAGCGCGCCUGCUGGUGAGACCGUUGGACCAUCAUGCACCUCUUCCUGCUGCUGCUCCUUCAGCUUCCAGCAGCCAGUGGUCAGAUCGAUCCAGAACAUUGUCGCUAUGCGUUGGGCAUGGAGGACGGACGGAUCCCCGAUCAGGACCUGACGGCGUCCAGCCGGUGGUACGAGACCACGGGGCCGCAGUACGCCAGGUUGAACUCUGAGGACGGAGACGGCGCCUGGUGUCCUGAGGGGCAGCUGGAGCCUUCAGACUCUCAGUACCUGCAGAUCGACCUGCGCAGACUCGCCUUCCUGACGCUGGUCGGGACUCAGGGCCGCUACGCCAGAGGUCUGGGGAAGGAGUUCGCCGCGGCGUACCGCCUGAACUACAGCCGAGACGGACAGCUGUGGAAGGCCUGGAAGAACCGGCUGGGAAAGGAGGUCCUGGAAGGGAACAAAGACACCUACGGCGUUUUCUCCAACGACCUGAAGCCUCCCAUCAUCGCGCGCUACGUCCGCGUCAUCCCCGUCACCAGGCUGUCCACCACCGUGUGCAUGAGGGUGGAGCUGUACGGCUGUCCCUGGGACGACGGACUGCUGUCCUACAGCGCUCCAGAGGGACAGCUCAUGAUGUCGCCUGUAACCCCGCAUAAUCAGUCUCACGACUCCACGUACGACGGCGUCCACGAGAAAAGGAAGCUGUUCGGAGGCCUGGGUCAGCUGACGGACGGCGUAACGGGCCGCGACGACUUCCUGGCCAUCCGCCAGUACAACGUGUGGCAGGGAUACGACUACCUGGGCUGGAGGAACGACACGCCGGGGACUCAGGGAUACGUGGAGAUGGAGUUUGUGUUCGACAGGCUGAGGAACUUCACCUCCAUGAAGGUUCACAGUAACAACAUGUACAGCCGCGGCGUGAAGAUCUUCUCCUCCGUGUCCUGUUGGUUUAAGCCUUUCCUCAGCUGGGAGCCAGAGUCCGUUUCCUUCUCCACCAUUCUGGACGACAGGAACCCGAGCGCCCGGUACGUCACGGUGCCGCUGAGCCGCCGGGCCGCCAGGUCGCUCCGCUGCCGCUUCUACUACGCAGACGUCUGGAUGAUGUUCAGUGAGAUCUCAUUUCAAUCAGAAGACAUCAUACUGCCAACACAGCAGCCACUGAUGGGGACAUCUGUUCCAGGGGGACGUAGGGACGUCACCAUGACAACCGCACCAAAGACCGAUAACACAGCAGCUGCUCCGUCCGCCAGCAGCGGCUCAGACCCAGACAACACGGCCAUUCUGAUUGGCUGCCUGGUGACCAUCAUCCUCUUGCUUGUCAUCAUCAUCUUCCUCAUCCUCUGGUGCCAGUGUGUCUGCAAGGUGCUGGAGAAGGCUCCUCGUCAGAUCCUGGAUGAGGAGGUGACGGUCCGCCUGUCCUCCUGCAGCGACACCAUAAUCCUGCAGACGCCGCCGGUGCCGCCGCGGUCCCGGCAUCCUCCUGCAGGCCCCACCAACACCGACCCCCACUAUGAGCGGGUCUUCCUGCUGGACCCUCAGUACCAGAACCCGGCCGUCCUGAGGAACAAGCUGCCGGAGCUGUCGCAGAGCGCCGAGGCUUCAGCGCUCUUCCUCGGUAACCCUCUCUAUGACCUGCUGCUGCUGACUUCCUGUCGCCAGACGUCAGGAUGGCUUGGUGCGUGCGGCGGCGGCUACGCCGAGCCGGACGUCACCCAGUGCACGCCUCACCAGUCCUUCAACAACAACGCGCCGCACUACGCGGAGACGGACAUCGUCCGGCUGCAGGGCGUCACCGGUAGCAACAUGUACGCCGUCCCCGCCCUGACCGUCGACUCCCUCACCAGGAAGGACAUCUCCGCCGCAGAGUUCCCGCGCCACCAGCUCAUCUUCAGGGAGAAGCUGGGAGAGGGACAGUUUGGAGAGGUCCACCUGUGUGAAGCCGAGGGACUCCCAGAAUUCCUUGGGGAAGGCUCGCCUCUUCCCGACAGAGACGGACGCUCGGUUCUGGUGGCGGUGAAGCAGCUGAGGGCCGACGCCACGAGUCAGGCCAGGAACGACUUCCUGAAGGAAAUCAAGAUCAUGUCGUUCCUCUGUCCAUCCCUCUGUGUGUGUGUGUGUCGUUGACCGCUGUGCAUGGUCCUCUGCGGAGACCUGAACAUGUUCCUCUGUCAGCGUGAGAUCAGCACACUGACCGCAUCCAACAACAUCCCCUCCGUCAGCCUGUCGGACCUCCUCCACAUGGCCGUCCAGAUCUCCUCUGGGAUGAAGUACCUGGCGUCUCUGAACUUCGUGCAUCGUGACCUGGCCACCAGGAACUGCCUGCUGGACCGCCGCCUCACCAUCAAGAUCGCCGACUUCGGGAUGAGCAGGAACCUGUACAGCAGCGACUACUACCGGAUCCAGGGCCGGGCCGUGCUGCCCAUCCGCUGGAUGGCCUGGGAGAGCAUCCUGCUGGGGAAGUUCACCACGGCGAGCGACGUGUGGGCGUUCGGCGUGACGCUGUGGGAAAUCUUCACUCUGUGUAAGGAGCAGCCGUACAGCCUGCUGUCCGACGAACAGGUCAUCGAGAACUCGGGCGAGUUCUUCCGGAACCAGGGCCGACAGAUCUUCCUGUACGCCCCUCCUCUCUGCCCGCCGUCUCUCUUUGAGCUGAUGAUGCGCUGCUGGAGCCGCAACAUCACGGACCGACCCACGUUUGAGGGACUUUACCAAGCCCUGAGGCCCCACGUCAACCAGUGAUCCGCUGGGGCCCCUCUCCGGCUCAGGGCCCCCAGGGCUGCUGGGACUCCUGUAUGGUGACAGAGAUGACCAUGAUGGACCAGAACUGCUCGGCUGAGGUCCGAUCUGAGAGGAGAAGCCUGUAGGAGCAGAUGAACUUUCAUCGUUUGUUUUUGUGCCAGAUGUUGCCUGAAACCUGAUUUCCUUCCCGUCUUCGGUUCCCUUGGAGCCCAGAACCCGACGGCGUUCAGCCCCAGGUGUUUCUGUCUGCGUGGUUCUGGUUGUUGUAAAGCACUGUGUCUGUGUCUCAGUUAUUCGUGUUCGUAGAUAAUAACCCACACUGGAGCUAAAGUCAAAGUGUAGCGUAGAGUUUUUGUUGUUAAGGUUUUAUUGUUUUUUCAUAUUUUGACAUUUGUUUGGUCGUUUACACAGAAGAGAGUCGAGUCCAAGUUCAGCUUCCCAAGAACUAAAGGAAAUCCGAUUAAACUUCCCUUUUCUCUGCACAGACAGACGUACAGCUCAGAAUAUUCAUAGAUUGUGAAAACUGUUUCUGUUCCUCUUUGUAGAAAAUGAAACUCAUGAUGUAGAUUUAUUAUGGAGGGAAACAUUUCAAAACUUUAUUUCUUGUAAUUUUGACUUGGUGAAAAUAAAACCCCAACAUUUUUAACAUAUUUUAAAUUAAACAUUGGAAACUUAUGUCGAGUUUCAAAUUUAUUUAUAUAGCAUGUUUCAAUAAUUCAAGCUGCAUGAAGUGUUUACUAGGAAAAAUAAGCAAAACAUUAAAGACUAUUUCUGUUACUGACGCUCUCCACCAGGAGGAAAAACGGCCAUUACCAGCUGCUUGUUCUCAGACUGCUGUGUCCAAGCAUACUCAUGGAAAGUUGGGUGGAAGAAAGAAGUGCGGUAGGAAAACUUGCAAAAGCAACAGAGAUAACAGCAACCAGAUUGUUGAGCACAAAACCUCUCAAGAGUCUGAGAGUUUCACACAGAGUGUGACGUUAACAACGAGAACCAGAACUGGACUCAGGAGAACCAGAACCGGUGGACGGAACCAGGAUGAAGUUCCAACAGUCGGUGAUAAACUCGGGUCAUCUGCUGGUACCAAUAUCUGCUUCUAUCACCAUGGUAACAACAGCAGUCUGGCCUGACCUUUAACCCCAGAGAAUGUAUGGAGUUUGGUUUUAAGGACGGUGAGUGACACCAGAACCAACGGUGUAGAUGAUCUGAAUGUUUUACAGGAAGCUGGACCUCCAGAACCUCAGCAGAACCUCAGGUUCUCCUCCAGGCUGCACUGCUUCAACACUGGAGCCCAGACUGAUCCAGAACCCUGGUACUUCUGCUUAAAGUAUCAUUUUAAUGAUCUGAUGGAACAUUCUGGUUUCCUGAGGUGCUGAAUGUUGGGUUUUUAUUCUAACCAGAACCAUCAAAACUACAAGAAAUAAAAUCUGGAACAUUUAACAAAGAUAGAAGACAGGAGUUUCACGUGAAGCUUUACUUUGGAGGUUUUACACAGACAGGAAGUCCAAAGGGAGAGUCCAACCUGUGUGUUCUGGGUUCUGCAGAGCGGCUGUAGAUCCGAUCCGUCCUGAUCGAAUCAUGGAGAGACACUAAAGUUUUAAAAAUGGUAGAACUGAGGAUGUUUCCUUUCUGAGCUGUAAAGUUCUCCACUGUCAUUGAACACAUCAGUGAUUAAAGGAUUGUUGCUGUUUGGACUCGGAUCGGUUCUGAUCUGAAGAAACCGUUCUUCUGUUGGAAGCAGCAGAUCACCUGGAAACCGAUGGAGAGUUUCCUACUUUCCUGUUAAAUGUCUGAUAAAGUUACAACAUUAAGAAGUCUAUAUUAAAGCUCUUAUUUUAUAACUAAA